AACGAAUCAGAGGGAAGCGAAAAGAAAUGAACAAAAUCCUUUUAGUCUAACGCAGUGCCAUACGUUUAGCUGAGGUUAGCCGAUUUCCCUUGUGUCGGAACAGAACAUAACACAGAUGAAAUGUCAAUUGCUGAUCGCAGCCUGUUGUAUCAAGCUAUUAUCUCGAUUAAGCUUCCCUCUUCGCAGUCUCAGCCAACUUGAUUGCUGGGGCCUUAUACAUAAGGGUUCUCACUAGAAGCCAGCCAUUGAAGAGUCAUGCCCGCGCCGACUGAGGCAAUGGCCACUGUGCGCAUCGAGGUCGAGUUUGCCCACUUUGCAUGCUGCUCCUGCGGUGAGAGCGGCGUGCCGCUCGGACCGUUGGAUUGGGACGCGGCCGCCUGGUGGAACACCUUGCGCUGCAAGGAAUGCCUCCUCAACCUCGGCUACCAGGAAGAGUCCAGGAUCCGCAAAGCCUCGCCUGCACCCUCGAGGCCUGAUGGUUUGGUGGCCGGCAUCUUUCCCAACACCCUGGAGGUUCAACAGCUGCUGCAGGAACUUGAUACUGUGAAUGGAACCAUUCGUGCCUUAGAUGAGAUGAUAGCAGCAGAGAACAUCCCUUUGGCAGAUGGCAUUGGUGCUUCGAGCAGUGUGGCUUCAAGUGGUAUGAUCUCUGCAGAGGCCUUGGCAGCUUGCAACACAUUGCCUGGACAAAUCCCGAGUUCAGCCACACUGCCUGGACAGCCAGUCAUAGGAGGCCUCCAGCUAUUGGCUGCUUCUGCAGCACACGAAGUCUGUGUCAACUCUGGGCUAGGCUGGAGCAAUGCUUUGGUGGCAAUGGAUGCACCGAGCAGUCGUCGAUUAGCCGAUGCUCAAGACACAGCUCAUGUGGCCUCACUUCUAUGCUCGCCGCGCUCGCCUGACAGUCCUCCAGCGCCCCCACCUCUUCCGCGCCCGGACUCGCAAGAGCUUUUUCCAGUGGUGCCCAUCGAGGCGAUCGAAUCGGAGCCGCCUGCGGCGGAAGGAGCCGUGCAGUCGGAGGGACGGCCCCGGCAGCCGGUGGUGGUGGACCUGGUUCCGCUGUGGAACGGGGCACCCGAAGAGGUAGGUCUUGGAGUUUUGCCACCGCCACAGCUGCCGCAGCCAGAGCUACAUGCUUUGGUGCCAAUGGAUGAUGCCAUCGAGAGCUUCUCUGAAGAUGUGGUUCUCAAGUCCCUUGAGCUACCAGACGCCCUCGACCCACCAGACUUGAUCCAAGCAACCUGGGAACCUUUGGAACCCUUGAAGAACGAACUUCAGCACCUUCCGGCACUUCAGAACGCUUUGGACCACCCACCUCGACCGGGUCAGCACCUCCAAGCGAGCCGUCCCUCCGAGCAGGCGGGCGCCCUGGUCGCUGUGGAGUCGAACAUGACAAGCCAUGACUUGGCUUUCUACCGAAAUGUCAUCGACGUCACCGAUGAUCCUCUCGGCCCCAAUCGACCACCUGCAUCUGCUGAAGCCACAGCCUUGGUCCCCGUGACCUCCAAUGCGCCUUCCCACGCGCCCAGCGCCCCCGACGGCCGCGCCGCGCCGCUGCGGCGCCGGCGUCCGGCCCUGCUGUCGCAGGUCGUCCGGCGCCUCGGGCCGCGGUCGCAGACGGCCUCGCAGCGGCUCGGUCGUAGCCUGGCGCGGUCGCGGCGGAGUCGACCGGUGACCGGUGGAUGGAUCUUGUCGCAGAGGAAAUCGCAAGGGGGGCAGGCCAAGCAUGUGAAGCACACGGAGGAGAGAGAGGUGACGGUGGAGCGCAUGCAAGAGUCCGGUGCGGUUGGUGCAGCAAGUUGUCCUGAAAGGCCAAAUGUACUGUUCACGGGGUUUUCUCGAAGCGACUUGCACAGGCUCAAACAAUCUGUGAACUGCUUGGGAGGGUCUGCAGUACGAGAUUUGCCUGCAGGUCGCACGGCCGCUGAAACUCGGGUGGUUGUCCGAUGUACUACCUCGACAUGUGGUCUCCAGAUUGCGGGUGCGCGCACGAUCAAGUACUUGGAUGCUGUCUUAGCAGGUGCUUGGGUCUUGUCCCCUGAAUGGGUCUAUGCAUCGAUGCGUGCUGGACAUUGGCUUGAGGAAGCUGACUUCGAACUGCAAGGAGACACGGCCAAGAUGGGGGGGCCACCCCAGGGGCGACGCCACGGUCCGGAACUCUUUGCGGGACUUCGCUUCCACUUCGUGUCACAGGCACGAAAGUGCAGAAAGGACUUGCACUUCGAAGAUGAGGCGGAAGGACCUGCCCCUCAUCAACUUGCUCGAUUGGCCCGCAGAGCAGGUGCUGAGGUCUUGGAGACGCUGCGGAAGGUCUCGGAUGCCAAGGAGGAUCCACCCCAUCUAGCCCAGGAGUUGGCAUCAACCAGGAAACGGAAGCGAUCUGCGAACUCUGCUGGAAAGGAAUCAUCGAGUUUGCCGCACUUAUGGUGGCGCAAGCCGAUCAUGGUCACAGUACCUUCAAAGGGCCGUGGUUUGGACAGGACAGCCAAACUGGCUGAUGAACUGGGGUGGGUGACCCUACCCUCCACGUGGAUGCUCGACUGCAUCUCUGGUGGCGAGGUUUGUUCACCCCAAGGAUGCAGAUUGACGAGUUCCAGGCAAUUCGAAGAAUGAGGGCGCUUUGCAGGGGUUUGCAAAGCAAUUUUCCAGCCAUCACAGAGGCGAAUGUGCACUCUGAGGGGCUGACCCCUAGUGCAUGGAAAAAGA